UUUAACCGUAGGAUUAUUUCUUAUUUUGUUUGUUUUUGAGAAAAAUUGUGUGAUAGGUAAUUUUUAUAAAUUAUCUGCUUAAUUAUUUAUAGUACCUACUUAACUCAUAAAAUGUAUUUCUUAAUAACUUAUGCGAUUUUAUUUUAACUGUUAUGGAACGUUCCCUUGCGAAUCGGGGGAAUACCCCUCGAAGUAUGUUUACUUAACUAGAAGCUGCCAGUACGUGGCCGUUGGGCACUGGGUACACGUAGUGAUUAUAUUCUCUUUGACUGGGUACUGGGUAGUAUCUUCUUAGUAGUUUGUGGGCACUGGUAAUCGAAGUGUCACGUCGGCCAAUUGGUACGAAUUGAAGCAGCCCGCCGUUCUACAUAAUACAGGUUCCGACCAAGGCGCAUGCGAGAAUAAUAAGUACCGUUUGUGCUGGUCAAGAUAAGAUAAGAAACAGGAGAAUAAUGUCUUACCGGGAUGUUUACUGCUUCGAUGAUAUCCAAGAUGCAAUCGAUGACUUUAAUGAAAUCCAAGACGACCCCUUCGAUGAUAUCCAAGAUGCAAUCGAUGACUUUAAUGAAAUCCAAGACGACUUCGAUGAUAUCCAAGAUGCAAUCGAUGACUUUAAUGAAAUCCAAGACGACCCCUAUGAUGAUUACGACUUUGGUUUGUUUGACGAAAACUUAGAUGACCCCGCAGAUUUUUGGUUUGAUGAUGUCGGAGAUGUACCUGAAGACUUUAGCUUUGAUGAAAUCGAAAAUGCACUCGAUGAGAUCAGCGGCGAUCGAAAUCGCGGCGCUCCAAGUAGAGGCGAUGUCAAUCUCACUUUUAAACCUAAAUACCAGCAGGGACAAAGCGGCCGAGACAGGGCAAUCAACGCUAUGAUAGAAAUCCGAAGCCUAUGGGGCUAUGUCUCCGAAGAAGCAAAGAAAAAUUACACUAAUAUGUAUUCAAAGUUGUCAGUUCCUUUAAGUGACAAGUUGGUGCUUGAAUGCCAAAGGAAUAAGGAACAAUAUGCAGUGUAUGAUAGAAUAUCACUAAAAUGGUUAAUAGAAUCAAAACAAUCAAAAUACGUAUAUUGUUAUGAUGGAGAAGCUUUCGUAGAAUUUAAUGUGGCUGUUAAAUCCGUUAGGCCAAGUAACAGAUUUUUAUUAGUGGGCAGAUAUACGUUUCUAAGGCAGGAGCUGAACUUAUUUGCGAGGACGAGACUCGCUCCGUCAAUGUUUGGUGCAUUUUCGCUGCCCGCUCUGAAGCUUAUAGUGGGAGUUCCCGGUUGCGGGAAGACCACACAUAUAAUAAAAAAUCAUCAACCGGGCAGCCUCGUGCUGACGUCUUGCGCUGAAGGCGCCGGGGAUAUCCGCGCCCGCAUGGGAGCCUUGAGAAACUCCAGAGACUCGAGCCAAUACAGGGGUGCUUACAGGACCAUCGACUCCUAUUUACUGCACAGCCGUGCCAAAUAUGGCACCGUAUGGAUGGACGAAGCUCUCAUGGAACAUCCCGGGAAGCUGUUCUUAGUGUGCUUAUUCAGCCAGUGCCACACCAUGUACUUGCUGGGCGACCCCAAUCAACUCGGAUACAUCAACAGAGUGGAGUCGGUUAACCUGCUUUAUGAUAAAUCGUCAACCUUUUUCAAAGGUACGGAGACGUUGAACAUUUCGUAUAGAUGCCCCGUGGACGUGAUGGCCGUCAUCGCUGACAAGUAUGAGGGUGGAGUGUAUUCCGCGUCGGAGGUCACGCGCAGCAUGAAAUGCCAAAAGUUCACCGGGCUCGAAUGCGUGCCCAAGACUAAAGAUGUCAAAUAUCUUGUGUUUAAACAGGCCGAGAAGCAGAUAAUGAAGGAAGCGAAAUACAACGUGUCCACUAUACACGAGUUUCAGGGCAAGGAGGCGGAGCACGUGGCGAUAGUGCGCAUGUCUCGUAACCUGGACGAGCAGUUGUACAAGUCGGCCCCUCACAUGCAGGUGGGCAUAUCGCGGCACAGGAAUUCUCUGGUGUACUACACGCCGGUUACAGAUGACUUGAAAAAGCUUAUAGAGACUCCGCUAACGCCCAAGGAUCUGAACAAAAUUAAAAAAGUUGUAAAAUAAGGUUAGCAAAUCGAUCAGUAUUUUCAACCAGUAUUUUCACUAUGUCCAGUAUUUUCAACGUGUUAGUCUUAUUAAUCAUUUAUUCAUCUCAAUUAAGCCCUAAUUUUAUAAAAAAUCAUUCAAGUGACGACUUCAUUGUACAACGAGCGUAGUUGUUUUAAGUAUAUUUUUA